AUGGAUUCCCCAAAUGUGUCAACUGUCACUAAAUUUCAGCUGCUAGGAUUCCAGAACCUCCUUGAGUGGCAGACACUGCUCUUUGCCAUUUUCUUGUUCAUCUACUUCCUCACAGUCACAGGGAAUAUUGUCAUCAUUGUAGUGGUGAGCCAGGACCAGAAAUUGCACUCACCUAUGUACACAUUCCUUAAACAUCUCUCCUUUCUGGAGAUCUGGUAUACAUCUACCAUUGUGCCCCUUCUCCUAGCCAACCUGCUUUCCCAGGGCCAAGCCAUCUCCUUCCCUGCUUGCAUAGCACAGCUCUAUUUCUUCGUGUUCUUUGGAGCUACUGAGUGCUUUCUUCUGGUCAUGAUGGCCUAUGACAGAUAUCUGGCCAUCUACAGCCCACUGCACUACACUUUCCUGAUGAGUCCUGAUAUCUGCAACAAAUUGGUGGCAAUCUCCUGGUUGACAGGGGUCGGCACAGGAUUUCUGCCUUCCCUGAUGAUUUCCAAGUUGGAUUUUUGUGGGCCCAACCAGAUCAAUCAUUUCUUCUGUGACCUCCCUCCCCUCAUGCAGCUGUCAUGUUCCAGUAUUUAUAUCACCGAGAUGAUCAUUUUUAUCCUCUCAGUUGCUGUGCUGUGCUUUUGCUUUUUUCUUACACUUGUGUCUUAUGUUUUUAUUGUGUCCUCUAUAUUGAGAAUUCCUUCAGCCUCUGGCCGAAUGAAGACUUUUUCCACUUGUGGUUCCCAUUUGGCUGUUGUCAUGAUCUACUAUGGAACAAUGAUCUCCAUGUACAUUCACCCCAAUGCCCACCUGUCACCUGAAAUCAAUAAGAUUAUUUCUGUCUUCUACACUGUGAUCACUCCUUUGUUGAAUCCUGUUAUAUACAGCUUGAGGAACAAAGACUUCAAGGAGGCUGUAAGAAGAGUCAUAAGAAGGAAUUGUGGCAUCUAUGGAGUAAGAGUGAAGGACAGUCUCUUUAUUAAAUGA